UUUAUUAUAUAAAGAUAAAGAUUUUAAAGAGUUUGGAGAGCAGAAAUGAGCUCACAAUAGUUUAAAGUCAUGUCAGUAGGCAUCAGUAUAAAUGACCUGUAAAGCAGUAAACGCUGAGACUCAGGUUACAUGUCACAAUAAAGGAUGCACACUACAUUGUGACAACACAUCAGUAAACAUCUGCAGAUGAGAGCUCACAGUGUUUCAUUGAAGGGUUCAACUAACAGCCAGUUGAGCCCACUUUCCUCUCUCAGCCUCUGGAUUCCUCUGCCAAAGUGUUCUACUAGAUUACUGUCAGACCUCCAGGAGACACAGAGAGUUUAGAGAGCUGCUUUUACUUUGACAGUCUGUUAUGUUACAAACACUGAAGCACGUUCACAGCUUACGUUUCUUCCUGUUUGUAGCUGCUUCCUGCUCUGACUGGAUGUAGUAGACGUGGAAACAGAGGAACAUUCCAAAUGUUGAAGAGCUUUUCAAAGUCACUCAAAUAGAAGUGAAAACUGACGUCAUCCCCAAAGAAAGGCCAAUAAAAAGCCAGAUGAAGAGUCUUCCUCUAGUCCUCAAACAAGCCAACAAACAGACUGAAGAGCAUUGUGAACGUCAUCUCUUAGAGAGGACUCUGCAGCUCAGAGUGACAACAUGGAAACUGUCCCAUGAGUGUCUUUAGUAUUGAGGUGAAUGAGCUGUGUGUGUUUGUCAUGAUGAAGAGAAAUAAUGUUGUUGUGUUUGUGUGAAGGUGUGGACUCUGCUAUGAAUCAGUGUGAGGACAGAGAGGAGGGAGUCCCUCCCUCUAGAACCAGCCACACCAAAGCUCAGAGGAUCCAUCAGGGCCCACACUGUCCUGGACCUGGACCUGAACCUGGACCCAGCUGUGUGUCCAUGAAGAGUGACCAAUCUAUGGAUAAUUUUACAGUCUUCAAAGAUGGACGCCACUCUGUUGAUCAAAGGAGGAAGCUGGAACAACCUGGACCUGGACCUGGACCUGAACCUGGACCGGGACCAGGACCCAGCUGUGUGUCCAUGAAGAGUGACGGGUCUAUGUCUUAUUUUAUAGACUUCAAAGAUGGACGCCACUCUGUUGAUCAAAGAGAGGACCAGGAGAGCUCAGAGGUUCCCAGAGGUCAGUCUGCCCAGCAGCAUCAAACACACCUGGACUCCAUAUUUAUGCUGCUGGAGGAGAACAUCGUCACUUUUGUGAAGAACGAGCUGAAGAAGAUCCAGAAGGUUGUGAGUUCAGAUUACCCAGAAUGCUUAGAGAGUCAGAGGGAGGAUGAGGAGGUGUUGGACGGUGAGGAUGAAGAGCAGAGGAGGAGGAGCAGCAGAGAGGCAUUUGUGAAGAUCACAGUGAACUUCCUGAGGAGAAUGAAGCAGGAGGGGUUGGCUGACUGUCUGCAGAGCAGAAGUCAUUCAGGACUUCUUGCUCCAGUUUGUCCGCGUGAACUCAAAUAUAACCUGAAGAAGAAGUUCCAGUGUGUGUUUGAGGGGAUUGCUAAAGCAGGAAACCCAACCCUUCUGAAUCAGAUGUACACAGAGCUCUACAUCACAGAGGGAGGGACUGCAGAGGUCAAUGAUGAACAUGAGGUCAGACAGAUUGAAACAGCAUCCAGGAAACCACACAGACCAGAAACAACCAUCAGACAAGACGACCUCUUUAAAGCCUCACCUGGAAGAGAGGAACCAAUCAGAACAGUGAUGACAAAGGGAGUGGCUGGCAUUGGGAAAACAGUCUUAACACAGAAGUUCACUCUGGACUGGGCUGAAGACAAAGCCAACCAGGACAUACAGUUCACAUUUCCAUUCACCUUCAGAGAGCUGAAUGUGCUGAAAGAGAAACAGUUCAGCUUGGUGGAACUUGUUCAUCACUUCUUCAGUGAAACCAAAGAAGCAGGAAUCUGCAGGUUUGAAGAGUUCCUGGUUCUGUUCAUCUUUGACGGUCUGGAUGAGUGUCGACUUCCUCUGGACUUCCACCACAAUGAGAUCCUGACUGAUGUUACAGAGUGCACCUCAGUGGAUGUGCUGCUGACAAACCUCUUCAGGGGGAAACUGCUUCCCUCUGCUCGCCUCUGGAUAACCACACGACCUGCAGCAGCCAAUCAGAUCCCUGCUGAGUGUGUCGACAUGGUGACAGAGGUCAGAGGGUUCACUGACCCACAGAAGGAGGAGUACUUCAGGAAGAGAUUCAGAGAUGAGCAGCAGGCCAGCAGGAUCAUCUCCCACAUCAAGACCUCACGAAGCCUCCACAUCAUGUGCCACAUCCCAGUCUUCUGCUGGAUCACUGCUGGAGUUCUGGAGGAGGUGUUGAAGACCAGAGAGGGAGGAGAGCUGCCCAAGACCCUGACUGAGAUGUACAGCCACUUCCUGGUGGUUCAGUCCAAACUGAAGAUGGUCAAGUAUGAUGGAGGAGCUGAGACGGAUCCACACUGGAGUCUAGAGAGCAGGAAGAUGACCAAGUCUCUGGGAAAACUGGCUUUUGAUCAGCUGCAGAAAGGGAACCUGAUCUUCUAUGAAUCCGACCUGACAGAGUGUGGCAUUGAUAUCACAGCAGCCUCAGUGUACUCAGGAGUGUUCACACAGAUCUUUAGAGAGGAAAGAGGACUGUACCAGGACAAGGUGUUCUGCUUCGUCCAUCUGAGUGUUCAGGAGUUUCUGGCUGCUCUUCAUGUCCAUCUGACCUUCAUCAACUCUGGAGUCAAUCUGCUCUCAGAAGAACCAACAACCUCCCGUUGGUCUGAAGUCUCUAGAGGCAAACCUGAACUAACACAUCUCUACCAGAGUGCUGUGGACAAGGCCUUACAGAGUCCAAAUGGACACCUGGACUUGUUCCUCCGCUUCCUCCUGGGUCUUUCUCUGGAGACUAAUCAGACUCUCCUACGAGGUCUGUUGACACAGACAGGAAGUAGCUCACAGACCAAUCAGGAAACAGUCCAAUACAUCAAGAAGAAGAUCAGUGAGGAUGUGUCUCCAGAGAAAAGCAUCAAUCUGUUCCACUGUCUGAAUGAACUCAAUGAUGGUUCUCUAGUGGAGGAGAUCCAACAGUCCCUGAGUUCAGGACGUCUCUCCACAGAUAAACUGUCUCCUGCUCAGUGGUCAGCUCUGGUCUUCAUCUUACUGUCAUCACAAAAAGAUCUGGACGUGUUUGACCUGAAGAAAUACUCUGCUUCAGAGGAGACUCUUCUGAGGCUGCUGCCAGUGGUCAAAGCCUCCAACAAAGCUCUACUCAGUAGCUGCAACCUCUCAGAGAGAAGCUGUGAAGCUCUGUCCUCAGUUCUCAGCUCCCAGUCCUCUAGUCUGAGAGAGAUGGACCUGAGUAACAAUGACCUGCAGGAUUCAGGAGUGAAGAUGCUGUCUGCAGGACUGGAGAGUCCACAUUGUACACUGGAGACUCUCAGGUGA